AAGCGUCGGCAACAUAAAAGAGACCGUCUGCAGGUAGAGAACGCUAGAGUGUUUAGACCAGGAUGGACGCAUAAGAAAGAUAUUGAAGGGUUUCAAAAGGCUUUACGCCUGAAAAUAGUGGCAAUGGUUGAUCGCCGUGAUAAAUUGUAGAAAUAAAAGUUAAGAUUCUAAAAUACAGACCCUAGAGUCUAGUGAUUUGUUGGAUUUGUCGACGAACGGAUAAUAUUCAUUAUUCUGAUCAAGAAAACACACAGCCGUUUUCUGCUAUUCUGCCGCCGACCGAUUUAGUCUCAGAUCUGCAAAUCAUCAGCCUCAACAUGAGAACGAUCGAAGAAGUUUCCUCUACGCGCUCCUCAGCUGUUCGCCCUAACAGCUUGGAGUUAGAUAAUGCUCUCACUCUGGAUAUGGAUUGCGUAUUUCCUGACCUUGACAAUAACAAUAGUAACAACAACAUCAGACCAAAUACUAAUUCACGAAACAGCAGGAAGAAAAAGAGAAGAGCAACCAUCAAAAAAUUUAAUGAUUUAUAUGAGGAAACUGGAGAAUUUUUGGGAAAUGGAUCUUAUGCUUCAGUAAGAACUUACAGAAACAAAGAAACUGGCAAAGAAUAUGCUGUUAAGAUGAUAAACAAAUGCACUAGUCUACAGCGAAGUAAAGUAUUCAAAGAAAUAGAAAUAUUCCAUCAGUGUCAAGGCAGUGAAAAUAUCCUAAAUUUGGUGGAGUAUUUUGAGGAGGAUGAUGUUUUCUACCUGGUCUUUGAUAAGAUGGAAGGGGGUACGCUUCUCAGCAACAUAGAGAGUCGUGGUCACCUUAGCGAAUAUGAGGCCUCACUUGUUGUCAGAGAAAUAGCCCGUGCACUCGAUUUUCUACACAACAAAGGCAUUGCUCACAGAGAUUUAAAGCCUGAAAACAUCCUGUGCCAAAGAGUCGGUGAAGUUGUUCCACUGAAAAUCUGUGACUUUGACUUGGCAAGUGGAGUACCUCUAAGUGUCAACAGUUCUGAUGGUAGCAAGACACCCGAACUACUAACACCUGUUGGCUCUGCUGAAUACAUGGCACCUGAAGUUGUUGAUGCCUGGGUUGGAGAGUCUUUUUCUUACGACAAAAAAUGUGAUCUUUGGAGUCUAGGAAUUAUUUUGUACAUAAUGCUAUGUGGCUACCCACCUUUCUACGGUCAGUGUGGUGAGGAGUGUGGAUGGGAGAGAGGUGAAGCUUGCCAGGAUUGUCAGGAGUUGCUUUUUAACUCUAUCCAAGAUGGUGUUUACGAGUUCCCUGAGGUUGAGUGGAGCUGCGUGUCGGAGAGUGCCAAAGAUUUGAUUAAACAUCUGUUGGUGCGCAACCCCCGUAAGCGCUACUCAGCUGCUGACGUUCUUCAACACCCUUGGGUAACAUCCCCACCAGCAGCAACUCCAUUGGCUACACCUCACAUUCUUACUAGAAACAACAGUACAAAGGAUUUGGAAUCAUUUGCAGAAACAGCUAUAUCCAUCAAUCGCAUGAUGCAGCAGCACUUAAUUAUCUCAGGACCUCAGUUUUUUGUUAACCAAGCUGAUAAAGUGAGUGAAGAAAGCAGUGGUGAUGACGACGAAGCCCAGAGCGACACUGAUUUGGAUUCAGCUCUUUGUUUUGAUUUUAGCAGCGGCAUCAAGUUAUCACCUCCUGGCUUGUCAGAUCUUGCUAAGCGCAGAGCAACAACAACGCAUGCUUCUGCCAACUAUAAUCAUAAUUGUAAAAACAGUCACCACCAUCCACUUAUCUCCCGAUGUGGUUCUGCCAUGGGCAGUGUUGAAAGUUUCUGUAUUAGUUCAGGGAGCUGGCAGUAGAAAGGGGGGCAGAGCAUAAGUAAUAUCGUUUUAUCCCCCCCCCCUUGAUUUUAUUUCCACUGACAUUUAAAGUAGGAGAGAAGCAAUAGUGAAGCUUGCUGACAAUUUUAUAGACAGUUUAGUACACUUAUCUAUGACCAGGACAGUUGUGUUUAUUCACAAGGACGACAUUUACAUAUUAAAUUCGCUUUAAGGAGAAAGAGUAAGUUACUUGUAGGUGUGUAUAUAAGACUGAAUUGCCCUAUGAGUUUCCAAAUGUUCUUUUCUUUGAAGUUAUAUUUUCUGUUUUGUUACUCUUUUUUUAAAUAACUUUAAAAAUAUACAGGAAAUAGCAUAUUGUUUGGAGAUGAUAGUAGCUUUAUAAAGUAUCUGAGUGAUAUCUAGUUUAACUCAAAGUGAGAUAUUAAAUAAUGGGUAUGCACUAUCUACUGUGAGGUUUUUUUUUUUGCCAUUUGUCUCAAAUUAUUUUCUAUUGUUGUACUGAAAAUUCACUUUUAAUUUUAUUUUGGCAUUUAUACUUUUUAAAAUUUGAACUUUAGAAAAACAAAUUAAUGUAUUUAUUUAUAUUUUUGCAAGUGCUGAUUCUUUUAUUAUUUAUUUAUUUUCCUAAGUUGAUUGUUGGUAUUUUUUAUUUAAAAAAACUCAUUUAAAAGCUAAAAAAAUAUAAUACACAUGAUGGCAUCAUCUUUUAAAGCUCACCUAACUAAACCAACACAAUCCAUUUCUACUUUUGUAAUUUUAAUAUUAUUGGUGAAGCCCCAUUUUAUCAUCCAGAAUAGUAAAACCAUCUGUGUAUAGCUUGUCCCUUUGUACAUAUUUCAUUUUGCCUGAUGAGUGAAGUCAGUUCUGUGCAUUUUUCUUGUCUUUUUUCUAUCCCAUUAAGACUUUGGGAAAUCAUUUUUUGUUUUCAUUUUGUUCUGUUGCCAUAUAUGAUUUGACUUUGAUUCUGUUUAUCAGAACUCCAACAUUUUCCGCCCAUCAUUAUAUAUUUUCAUGACAAAAUGCCAUAUUGUCAGAUGCUGAAGUGGUACGAGAUUAUCUGAAUCAUUCCAAGUGUAACUCAUUGACAUAUCCAGCUUUGUUUAUAAACGAACAACAUUCUUGUCGAUGAUGUUACUUGUUUUCAUCCAUGUUUGAGUUAGUACAACAAAACUGUUGUAAGCCUACCAGAGUAUUUUGUCACCAUUAAGUGAACGCAGAGUCUUUCAAAUUAUGUCAUUGAGCAGCCUGGUUAAAAGCAUUGUUCUCAAAUAUUUCUGAUAAAGAACAAAAUUACAGCAUAAUGACAUUAAUUUUUUUCAUAGGGCUUUUCUAAUGUAAAAGCAAAAUGUUGAUAUUGUAAAAGGGCCUCAUGACUUUAUAUGAAAUGAUCUUCCGUUGUUGUUAAAUUUGUGUAAUGGCAUGUAUGUAUGAAUGUUAAAUACUUUAUGAUGGCAGUUUUUAUGCAUGGUUGUAACUGUUAAGUCUUUCAUUACUAAUCAACGUCAAAAGUCAAAAUUGUUCAAGUGGAGUCCGUGCUUGGUUUUGUACUCAAGCAAUAAGUUUCUUGUCAGAUUUUUUUCUUAAUGUCUGCUGAAGCUUUUGAAAAACUGGUAAAUCCAAUUCGGUAAACUGUUAAUAUCUGUGAUAUACUAUGAAACACACAUAGGCUGUCUCACUCCAAGAAACUUCAAAUUUUUCUAUUAAGGCUAGGUUUAAGUCAUUUAAAUCUAACUUUACACAUUAGCAGCCAAAUGAAUUGGUUUUCAUUUUUUAAGUUUUAUUUUUAAAAAUUUCGAUUAAAAAAUAGAAACCAGUGUUUUAAAAAGGGGGCUAGUAUUUUGUGUUGGAUGUUUCCUGGAGUGUAAAGCUUUACUAGCAAAUUUUAGUUGUUGAUGUUGUUCUUUGUUCUCCACCUUCAAGACAAGAGAAUGUGCCUUGGAGAACUUGGGUUGAAUCUCUAUUCAGUGUGGGAAUGCUUCUGCGCAAUGUCUGUGUAUGUAUUGAAGGUGGGUAUUUUCAAUGGCUCUAGUCUUUUUAAAAACCUCACCAAAGUGAACAUGGGUGUCAGAUUGUGACGAAUGCUUUUUUUACAUUACUACACUGUAAAGAAAAAAUAACUAUUUUUUCUACAUUUGCUAGUGUAACUGUUGAGAUAACUAAAUGUAUAGUUAUUACAGUGGUGUUUGUGCAAUUUUUUUUUUUUUACAAUUGUGGAGAAAAAUGUGUUUAAAAAAAUUAAAAAUAUAAAAAAAUCUAAAAAGCAAAAAAAAAAAAAACAAUAUAAAAUGCCCGAUCCAAACCUGUCUUUGUAGUAGCUACAUCUUGUUCACAAUUGGCAUCUAUUUUAAUUUGUUGGUGUAGGGACUUAGACAAGUUUGGAUUCUGUAUCAUUUGAGCUUGGUCAUUCAUACCUGGGCAUUGAAACAGGUUUUGCUGAAGAGGUGUUGAACCUGCUGGUAUUGUUUACUAAUGUGGGCAUGACUCUUGUCCUCAGGAUUGAUCAGGUCAAAUGUCAAGGUUGUGUUCAUUAAUUUAGCAGUUAUUUUUUUUUUUUUUAAACCACCCAAUCAAUGAAUCAAAUACAUUGAAAUAUAUGUUGGAUUUGUACAAAAAGUAGAAAAACAUUUAGGCUGUUAAUGGAUUACAUUAUUUUCAGCUCUUUGUUUAGCUCAGGGUUUUCCAUCAAAUUUCUAACUAGUAUCUGAAAUUCUAAAUAUUUUACAAGGCCUCAGCUGUUGUAAAGCUGCUGGCACAUUUUUUACAUUGCUGAAAGAAUAAUAAAAAAAUUAUUACAAUUUUA